AUGAUUAGAGAGUUCCAUUUAUUCAUGAAAUACUCAAAAGACCUUUUAAAGGUGAAUCUUUAGUUGGUUUUAAUUCAUUGGAUAUAAGAAUUGGAGAAGGAAUUUUUAGUAAAAGCUUAUGAAGAUUAGGAAGCAAAGUUACAGGAAUUGAUCUUUCUUAAAACUCUAUAGAAACAACAAUCAAUCAUAAAAAUUCUUAUCCUGAAUUAAGAAAUUAUUCAGAAUUAGAGUAUAAUUUUAUCAGCAUUAAAGAAUUAUCAAAAAAUAUAAUGA